GGCCGCGGCGCGGGGUGGCGGGAGCGGGCGGUGCCGGCGCCGGUGGGGCGCGGCGCGGGGGGUCGGUGCUCGGCGGGAUGUUCCGCAAGGCGCGGCGGGUGAACGUGCGGAAGCGGAACGACUCGGAGGAGGAGGACGAGGAGCGCGACGAGGAGCCGCCUCAGGAGCCGGCGCCGCCGGCCGCCGGGGCGGCGGGGGAAGGGCCCGGCGAGGCCUCCAUGGCGCUGGCGGCGGGCCCCGGGCUCCUGCCGCUGCCCGCCGGCUGCGUGCCCCUCGCCCUGCCCGGCAGCCCCGCCGCUUUCGCCUGCGCCGCGGGCUACGGCGCGGCCCUCGGCUUGGGGCUGGGCUUGGUGGGAGGCGACCGGGCAGGCCUGGGGGCUCUGCCGCCGCCCGCCCUCCUGCCCCCGCCACCGCCGCCGCAGCAGCAGGGCAACGGGCUGCCGGCGGCCGGGCGCCCCAAGGAGAAGAAGCGGCCGCGGGAGAACAAAGAAGUGCCGCGGGCCAGCCUGCUCAGCUUCCAGGACGAGGAGGAGGAAACUGAAGAAGUUUUUAAAGUGAAGAAAUCAAGUUACAGCAAAAAGAUUGUAAAACAACUGAAGAAAGAAUACAAAGAAGAUCUUGAAAAGUCAAAAGUUAGAACAGAGGUCAAUUCUCCAACAGAUGGUAACUGCAAAACUAACAGUAACUUUUGUAAUGGAAAAGUCGAACCACCACUAGAAAAGGCAGGACAAAUUAAGGAUUUAGGUCAAGAAGAUGGGACAGCAAACAGUGAGCAUGGUGAAGAAGAAAUGGAAGUUGAAAGUGAGAAGGAAGAAGAAAAACCAAAAUCUGGUGGGGCUUUUUCAAGUGCUCUGUCAUCACUGAAUGUUCUCCGCCCAGGAGAAAUUCCAGAUGCUGCUUUUAUUCAUGCCGCUAGGAAAAAGCGUCAAAUGGCUCGUGAACUUGGAGACUUUACCCCUGUUGACAGUGAACCAGGUAAAAGCCGCCUUGUUCGAGAAGAUGAAAAUGAUGCCAGUGAUGAUGAAGAUGAUGACGAGAAGAGGAGGAUAGUUUUUACAGUGAAGGAAAAAUCCCAAAGGCAAAAGAUUGCUGAGGAAAUAGGUAUUGAGGGAAGCGAUGAUGAAGCACUGGUGGCAGGGGAGCAAGAUGAAGAACUCAGUAGAUGGGAGCAAGAACAGAUACGGAAAGGAAUCAACAUACCUCAGGUUCAACCAAGUCAGCCUGCUGAAGUGAAUAAUCUGUACUACCAGAACACUUACCAGACACUGUCUUAUGGUUCAUCAUACGGCAUUCCAUACACUUAUGCUGCGUAUGGAUCAUCGGAAACAAAAUCUCAAAAAACAGAUAAUACAGUUCCUUUCAAAACUCCCAGUAAUGAGAUGACUCCUGUUACUAUUGAUUUGGUAAAGAAACAGCUUAAAGACAGGUUGGACUCUAUGAAAGAAUUGCACAAAGCUAAUCGGCAGCAAUAUGAGAAACAUCAGCAAAGCCGAGAGGACUCUACCAAGGCAAUUGAAAGAUUAGAAGGGUCUUCUGGGGGUAUUGGUGAACAGUAUAAGUUUUUGCAAGAAAUGCGAGGGUAUGUCCAAGACUUGCUUGAGUGUUUCAGUGAAAAGGUGCCUCUGAUUAACGAACUUGAGUCUGCAAUGCACCAGCUGUACAAACAGCGAGCUUCCCGCCUUGUCCAAAGACGACAAGAUGAUAUUAAAGAUGAAUCUUCGGAGUUUUCAAGCCAUUCAAAUAAAGCACUGAUGGCACCAAAUCUUGAAUCUUUCGGACGAGACAGAGUGAUCUAUCAAGAACAAGUAAAGCGUCGGACUGCAGAAAGAGAGGCUAGAAGAGCUCGUCGUAGACAAGGAAGAGAGCAAACUGGUAAGAUGGCAGAUCACCUUGAAGGCCUUUCCAGCGAUGAUGAGGAAACUUCAACAGAUAUUACAAACUUCAACAUGGAGCGAGAUCGUAUACUGAAAGAAUCCAGCAAAGUUUUCGAAGAUGUUUUGGAAAGCUUUUAUUCAAUUGAUUGUAUUAAGUCACAGUUUGAAGCUUGGCGCUCAAAGUACUUUGCUUCUUAUAAGGAUGCUUAUAUUGGCCUCUGUUUACCAAAGUUAUUUAACCCUUUAAUCAGACUUCAGCUGCUUAUCUGGACUCCUUUGGAGGGCAAGUGUCGAGAUUUUGAGACUAUGUUGUGGUUUGAAUCGUUGCUGUUUUAUGGCUGUGAAGAACAGGAGCAAGUGAAAGAUGAUGCUGAUAUUUCACUAUUGCCUACCAUUGUAGAGCGAGUUGUCCUUCCUAAAUUAACAGUGAUUUCUGAAAACAUCUGGGAUCCUUUUUCUACCACACAAACAUCUAGAAUGGUAGCAAUUGUACAGAAACUAGUAGAUGGAUAUCCUUCAGUUGUGAAUGCAGAAAACAAAAAUACUCAAAUGCUUUUAAAGGCAUUGUUGCUAAGAAUGAGGAGAACACUAGAUGAUGAUGUAUUCAUGCCCUUAUACCCAAAAAACAUCUUAGAAAACAAGAACUCUGGUCCAUAUUUGUUUUUCCAACGUCAGUUUUGGUCCUCUGUUAAGUUGUUAGGAAACUUUCUCCAAUGGUAUGGAAUCCUUUCGAACAAAACCCUCCAGGAACUGUCAAUAGAUGGUCUGCUAAACAGAUAUAUUCUUAUGGCUUUUCAAAACUCUGAGUGUGGAGAGGACAGCAUUAAGAAAGCUCAAAGUGUAAUUGCUUGCUUUCCUAAACAGUGGUUCACUAAUCUAAAAGGAGACAAGACUAUUUCUCAACUAGAAAACUUUUGUAGAUACCUUGUUCAUCUGGCUGAUACAAUUUAUAGAAACAGCAUCGGUUGCUCUGAUGUAGAGAAAAGAAAUGCGAGGGAGCACAUAAAGCAGAUCAUAAAACUUCUAGCAAGUAUCCGAGCACUGGAUCAUGCUGUGACAGUUGCAAAUGAUCACAACGUAAAAGAGUUAAAGAUUUUAAUAGAAGGAAAAUAGACUUUUCAGACAACUCAUUUUGAGCUUUAAAACCAUUCCUGAUGUGUAAUUUAUGUACAUAUGUAAAGUUUCUUAAACUGUAAAGUAUUGAUCUUUGUUUUAAUACAAAGUGCAUUCUUAUAUACAGCAUCCUUAAAAAAAAAAAAAAAAAAAGACUUAUUUGAAAACAAAAAUGGAAUCCCAAGAUUGUCAUCUUUCCAGAAAUCAGAUUUUCCUGAAAGUUUCUCAAAAUCUUGUUUACAAAAAUACUUUGUACCCAUGAUUAGUAGUCAUCUACUCCUGUUAAUUGUUCCAUGGUUAACUGGAAUGUGUAUAAUAUAUUAUGUGUAAUACAAUGUAUGCAUAUAUUUAUACCACCAUGUUGCUUUCACACUGGAUAUAGGGAUCUUGUACUGUUGGAAUAAGCUUUUCAUUUGCUAAAAAAUAAUAAUUUUGACAAUAAAAUGAUCAUAGUAUUGUUCAAAAGGGCUGGCAAAACAUUCAAAUAUAUGAAAAUUAUUUGAGCUAAAGUCCUUUAAAAAGCAGUAUUUGGAAUAUGGAACUCUUAAGGCUGUUCUUAGAAACAAAGCAGAAAGGAAAACCCAAAUCAAUGCUUAUUUUUUUUUUUUUUAAUACAGGUAUACAGUGAGAACUUACGAUUCUUGCGCAAGUAUACAUGACAGCACUCCCUAAGCCCCAAACACCUUUCAUUUUGUAGGAAUAGUAGUUUACCCAUGAACUCUGGGCCCUUGUUCCUUGUGCACGGUGGUUAUUUCACUGUUUGUGUUAAGGUUUUUGUUUUGUUUUGUUUUUUAUUGUAACUUCAUACAUGGAACCUGUUUCUUCUGAUUGGUAUGGCUAAAGAUGUCAAACAAAAUGGAGGUGAAGAAAAAUUGAUAUCCUAUGAUUUGAAGUAUUUGUAUUUUGGUAAAUAUUGUUACACUUCCCCCUAAAUACUGUCUAAGAACAGUCUUGCCAAAAAAAAAGCAUUUAAUUUAAAUGUAAAUUAUAAAGAAAACACUUUAAAAAUCUGGUGAUUUACAUUGGAACACUAGUGACUUGAUCUUGGGGUCCAAGGCAUGGGAACAGCUGUAAUAGCCUUGGAUUAAGAGCUAUUUCCAGGUGUGCCCUACUUUUUUGGGGAACUGUAGCAAUAAAUUGGCAUACUGAAUAACAUAGGAAUCAUUGUAUUUUAUGCUCAUGUCAUGUGCUAUAAAUGAGUAUAUUAAAAAUGUACUAUUUGUAACAUGCACAUUUCAUUUGGACACCGAACAAUUGUUUUUCUGAACUGUUGGGAUUGGAAUAUGUUCAGAAAUACCUGCUUUUAAAAAUUGUUUCAAUAAACUCGUCUGUCAAGGA